UGGAGGGAAGGUUCGAGGUAGACGCGCUGGACAUGGCGUAUGCGAAGGUGCACGUGGGGGUUGAUUGGUAUCAACCUUAAAUUCCUGGAUGCGAGAGUCUGUUUCAAAGGAAAGGCGGAAUACCAAUUCAACAUUUUCCAGGAGUUCAACUUUGAAGAGGUUUUCCGAUUGGUUAAACAGUUUGACCGCGUAAUCAACCAGGUCGUUGUAAAUGUGAAGAAUAACAUCAUUCGUUUCAAGCAACUUCUCGGGAGAACGACAGGCUCCAUAGACGGCAUCUUCCAGAACAUCGUGAAUGCAGUGGAGGACCUUCCCCGUCCAGUGCUUGACUUCAAAGUCAAGGCCAAAGUGUUCAUCACCAGAUCUGGGGAGUACACAAACCUUCCCCCGGUCGUAGAAAACGUCAGACAAGUGGUCCAUCGAGUUAGCACGCUCAUCAGUGACAUGAAGACCGAAGUCAUGGGCUUCUACCACGUGAGUAUAACAUACCAUGUUCCUAACCUAAUUUGA